UGUGCCGGGGCGGCAACGGCAGCAGGGGAGCCGGCGGCGGCAGCCUGUGCCCGGCCCCGGGGGGCAGCCCCUCCAUGAUCACAGCCAUCACCAUCAUGGCCCUCUACUCCGUCGUGUGCGUGGUGGGGCUCUUCGGCAACUUCUUGGUUAUGUAUGUCAUCAUCAGAUACACCAAAAUGAAGACUGCCACCAAUAUCUAUAUUUUCAACCUUGCCUUGGCAGAUGCCCUAGCAACAAGCACUCUGCCAUUCCAGAGUGUGAAUUAUUUGAUGGGAACAUGGCCUUUUGGUACAAUUCUUUGUAAGAUCGUUAUAUCUAUAGACUACUACAAUAUGUUCACAAGUAUCUUUACACUCUGCACCAUGAGUGUGGAUCGCUACAUAGCUGUUUGCCACCCAGUCAAGGCUCUUGAUUUUCGCACUCCCAGAAAUGCCAAAAUUGUCAAUGUAUGCAACUGGAUUCUUUCUUCUGCCAUAGGCUUACCAGUUAUGUUCAUGGCUACUACUAAAUACAGGCAAGGCUCCAUUGACUGCACACUUACGUUCUCUCAUCCAUCUUGGUACUGGGAGAAUCUGCUGAAAAUCUGUGUUUUCAUCUUUGCCUUCAUCAUGCCAGUCCUGAUCAUUACAGUGUGCUACGGCCUGAUGAUUUUACGCCUGAAGAGUGUCCGUAUGCUAUCUGGCUCCAAAGAAAAGGACAGGAACCUGAGGAGAAUCACAAGAAUGGUCCUUGUAGUGGUGGCAGUGUUCAUAGUCUGCUGGACUCCAAUCCACAUUUAUGUCAUCAUUAAAGCCUUGAUCAAUAUUCCAGAAACUACUUUUCAAACUGUCUCCUGGCACUUUUGUAUUGCUUUAGGGUAUACAAAUAGCUGCCUUAAUCCAGUCCUUUAUGCAUUUCUAGAUGAGAACUUCAAAAGAUGUUUCAGAGAGUUCUGCAUUCCCACUUCCUCAACCAUUGAGCAGCAAAACUCCACCAGAAUCCGACAAAAUACUCGUGAACAUGCCUCCACUGCCAAUACUGUGGAUAGGACUAACCACCAGUUGGAACUUCUGGAAGCUGAAACUACACCACAGCCGUGACAGGGUCUCCUGCUGCAUGGCCUUCAAGGCAGUUACAAACCAGUGCCAGAAUAUGUCUGUACAGUUUGCUCUAGGACUGUGUAGGAGACACUUUUUCCCCCCACAAGGAAAGUGCCUGCUUUUAAGAUCCAUCAAAAUGAUUUGCCUUUGUGGCAACUCUGCAUUGUAUGUUAUAGAAGCAUGAAAACUAAUAGCAAGCAGAGUCAGAAAACAUGAGGGUUACAGUGAUUCAUUGUAUAAAACAUAUUUGCUUAUGAGAAAAAAAAUAUAUAUAUACACAUACAUCUAAAAUACCACUGUUGUAUACUAGUGAGAUCAGACAGCCAUAAUUUUUGCUCUGGCUAGUUUUAGUAGCAUAAAACAGGUUGGAAGCAAAAGCUCAAAUAGAAAGACAGGCAUAGCUUGCUAAAUGGAGGUGAUCUUCUAAUAUAGGAUGUCUAAUAUGCUUGAGGACACUUUGUAAUACUGUUAAACUAAAAAUUUGUUUCAAAGGGUAGUUUCCUGUACAGGUUAUAUUACAACUGUUUUUCAUGCAUCAGUUUACAUCAUGGCCUUCUCAUCAGGAAAUUACCAUUUAUGGGGUCAGCUGGAGACUAGCAGUUAAAUGGAAAAGAAUUCUUUCAGUGCUCACUUAAAUAACCCAAGCUUUCACCUUCUCACAUACAAGAUUUUACCAGAAAAACAGGUGGAAAGCAAAGAUUAUAAACAGUUGGAAAGGUUUGAUGUGUCUUCGUGUUGUUAUUGCUAGUGAAGUAGAUCCAAAAAGGACUACAAUUAUUUCUGUAAAUUCCCUGUGAAUAUCCGUGUGUGUUUCAAUCCUGUCAGAACUAGCAUAGAGUGUAUUUACAUCCACAUUUAACAGGUAUUUCCAGUUUCAAUUUUGCAAUUAGCAACACCUCAGACUUAAGUGACAAGUGUAAAGCACUUUGGAAUCCUUCAGGAUGAAAAGAGCUAUAGAAAAUGUAAGUCAUCAUUAUUACAUCGGUGAAGUGCUUUUAAGCAAAUAGAGAAAACUCUCCAAGUCUUUUUUAAGGAAAAUAACAUUUUUCAAUGAAAUUAUUUUUUUUAAUCAAGUCCAUAACAUGUUGCUUUUCUAGUUAACAUAAGAAAAUUCUAACCUGUAUCUCCAUUUUGUAUAGGCUGGUAAAGCACUUUAAAGUUUACAAAAGAAAUACUAUAUAGAAGCAAUUACCACAUUAAGCUUUCCUCUGAUAUAAAAGAUAGAAAAAUCCAUGUAGAUAACUUCUGGUAAUAUAUGGUAUUUUCUAGCCACUGUUUGGUAUUUGCUGUGUAAUUAAAUGGUCAACAGCUACCCAGAAGGCAAAAAGUGCUUAGAUGAGUUUCUGUACAUUCUAAAAU